UCCUCCUCCCCUUCUUCUCGCGAAACCCUAGAAAGCCCUAAAUCUUCUCGCCGACAUGGCUGCUGCCUCCGCCGAGGUCUCCGCCGACGGCGAUCACGCCGUCCUUCGGAACGACGAUCGGGGGAUCCCUCGGUGCCUUCCCCUCCUCGCCGCGCUCGUGGAGGCGAACGCCCUCCGCAACGCCGCCGCGGCCGCAUCCCGACCCGCCGAGUCCGAUCUCGCCCGCGCAUUCCGCGGCGGCGCGAGGCCCGCCGUCCAGAUCGGCGAGUUCCUGGAGCGGAUCCACACCUUCAUCCAGCUUCAGAGCGUCCGCCACGUGAUCCAGCUCCGGGCGAGGUGCUACGUGCUCGCCGGGAUCUACCUGACCCGGUUCAUGCGCAGCGCCGCCGCGCGGGAGGGCGGGCUCCUCGUCGACCCUUCCACCGCCCACCGCCUCGUGGCCGUCGCCCUCUUCCUGGGCGCCAAGUUCGGUGGCCCCGACGACAGGCUCCCCAUGAAGUGGACCCCAGUGUUCGAGACCAGCUCGGACGGCGCGAUCCGCGCCAAGGAGAUGGCCGACCUCGAGAGGCGCUUCCUGCGUGCCGUGGACUACCGCCUGUUUGUCAAAGACGAGGAGUUCGAGUGGUUCUGCGGGAUCCUCGAGACGGCGCCAACUAGCGUGGGCUGCAGCUGCGGCAAGGGAGGCAGGAAGAGGACGGCGGCGGAAUCUGUGGAGGGAGAAGAGCAGGACGAGCGCCGCCGCGUCCGGGCUUGCGUGCCGCCCCCGGCCGUCGUCGCCAACUAGAUUCACGAUGAAUUUCUUGUGCAUCCAAAGUUGAGUCAUUUACUGCAUAUUAUUCUUUCUUUUGCUUGGUUCUUGUUUCAGGUGUGCAGCAGGUGGCAUGGUGGAGAAGAUCCAAGAUUCCUGCAGGUCUCUGUGGUGGAGAAGAUGGUUGGUGGCGAUGAUGUUGGAUCGGCUGAGCUUCGCCGUCGCCGGAGUAGAGUGGAAAGUUCAGUUUUAGGUUUUAGGGAUUAGGGAUAGGACGUUGAGCAACUGAUAGCCGAGUUUUUAGUCAGAUAUUUUCAGUUGCUCUGUCUUAGAUUUCUAUGUAGUUCAUUUCUCCAAUUAGAUAGAUACUAGUACAUCCUAGUAGAUAGAUUGAUAGAGAGGCUACAAAGUUCAAUUUUAGGUUUUAGGGAAUAGGAAUAGGGAUCGGAUGUUGAGCAACUGAUGUCUGGGUUUUGAGUCAGAUAGUUUCAGUUGCUGUGUCUGAAAAUUCAAUGUAGUUCUCCAAUUCGAUAGAUAGAUAGAUAGAUAAAGAGGAAGCGAAGUGUAUUUUCUUUUCUGUUGUAUAGACAAUAGAGUUUGUAUCGAUCUUGAUUCUGGAAUGGAAAAGGUUAUUG